GUCACUGCCGCACCUGCGCAGCCAUCUUGUAUUUGAGGGAAAAGGAGAAAGCUGUCUUGGGAGGUAAAGGGGGGAAAAUAGAAAUUUAGAAAUUUGAAGGUGCACUCAGAGAGUUUGUAGUGAUCACAUUUCAGACAGUUCAUAGGAAAGCCUAGAAAAAGGUGACAUUGUUCAUACGCCUGAAGACGGGACAAGGAACCGGACAGAAGAAAGCGAGACGGGUAGCCGGAAUCGUUGAUCACCAGCCAUGAAUCCUGAGUAUGAUUACCUGUUCAAAUUGCUGCUUAUUGGUGAUUCUGGUGUUGGCAAAUCAUGCCUUCUGCUGCGAUUUGCUGAUGACACUUACACAGAGAGUUACAUAAGCACUAUUGGUGUAGACUUCAAAAUCCGAACAAUUGAAUUGGAUGGAAAAACUAUCAAGCUACAGAUUUGGGAUACUGCUGGACAAGAGAGGUUUCGCACCAUUACAUCCAGUUAUUACAGAGGUGCCCAUGGAAUAAUCGUUGUCUAUGAUGUUACAGAUCAAGAGUCAUACAACAAUGUGAAACAGUGGUUGCAAGAAAUUGAUCGUUAUGCCAGUGAAAAUGUUAACAAGCUGCUAGUGGGAAACAAAUGUGAUCUGACAACAAAAAAAGUUGUUGACUAUACCACAGCUAAGGAAUUUGCAGACUCUCUGGCAAUCCCUUUCUUAGAAACAAGUGCCAAGAAUGCCACCAAUGUGGAACAGGCCUUCAUGACAAUGGCGGCAGAGAUAAAGAAACGCAUGGGCCCAGGAGCAACUGCUGCUGGAGACAAGCCUAAUGUAAAAAUUGACAGCACUCCUGUGAGGCAGUCUGGUGGUAGCUGCUGUUAAAACACAAUGAAAACAGUUCCUUGCUCUCUCUCUUUCACCUGGAAGAAUGAUGGAUGAGGUUGGAAGGGUGGGUUUGGGAUGACAUGGGUAAUGAGAAAAUGUGGCUUGGACAGCAUCAAACUGAAAAAAACAGAAGAGGGAAGUGACAAAGUUAAUGGCAAUAUAUUUGUCUUAAUUUUUUUUUCUCUUUUGGGUUAUUCCUGUUGUGUGUGCGUUUUUAUUUUUUAUUACAGUUUCCUAACUAUUGCUUGUCCUUGAAGCCUAAAGCAUAUUAUCAUUGCUGUCUGAUGGCUUCCUCACUUCAGGCCUUUUUGUUUCAGAAGGGAAUGUGGAAAGACUGGUCUCCAAGCAUGGGCCGGAUAUGAACUCCUGGUUCCCUUCCAGUCAGCUAUUGCUUGUUUGCAAUGAAGCACACCACAGAUUGUAGUUUCUGUUUUAUUUUGAAUUUCAGUUUGGCUGUUUUUGUCCAAAAGCAUUACUACUUGUGAAUUUCUCUGCAUUGCUUUAUGAAGCUGUGAUAGUUUUUGCUUCUAUAACUCAUGUUCAAGCUCCUUUUUUAUCUCCUUUUGGAAUAUCUCCUUCAUAUUGAUGGCCUGCUGCUUACUGUAAGUAUUGCAAUGACUGUAACCAUGAAAGAAAUUCAUGCUUUGCAGAUCAUGCUUUUUACCAUCCUUCUGAAACACUUCAAAUAACCUUACAUCCUCUAAAAAAAAAAAAAAAAACUCCACUUUUUCUGUCAAACUAUUGCAGUUACCACAUUUGUAGGCGCUCUGCAAACAGAGCGCCUUAGUUGUGUUUUUCAUCGACAAAAAUACACUGCUUGCCCCUUAUUAUUGCUUUAUUUGGGUUCUUUCAAUGGCUGCAGGUUUCUUAUGUACAAAUAUACAGUUGUAAAAUAAAAAGUAAGUUACUUGUUAACAUGAUUACUAAAGGCGAUUGACAUUUCUUUAACAAUGUUUCAUUGAAGUCUGUGCAAGUAUAUCGUAUGUUAUCCUGAGGAAGCAUCUGUUUUCUCAACCUCACCUUGUUUUUUUAAUGUGUGUCAUUUGCACACAUACUUUGUUUAAAGUUAUAGAUAAACUAAGAAUUAAAUCUAUUGGGGUUCAGCUUUAAGCUUGCAGCCAGUGGAUUUUCAGCUCCCUGCAUCCAUGUUUGUGAUUCUGUCAUCCUGUAUCAGAAAUAUAAAGCUCCUUUCUGGAUACCUCUUCUAUCAGUGCCUCACUGCUCAAGAGUGCCUGUGCUGGCUGGUGGACUUAUUAAACACAUGAUUUUGAAAGAUAUUUAUACUUUGCUUUUGUGCUGCAGUGCAAUAUCUGGUAAUUGUUCAGGUGGCAACAGAAAACUGGCCAGCCAAUCUGUAGAUCAGAGUAUUGCAGUGAGAGUGAAAUUGAACCAUUGUGACAGCUCAUGAUGUGCUUCACUAGUGGCUUCGGAUGGCUUCCUGUAUACUUCUAUUUUAUACUUUUCUCAGUAUUCUUUUGAAGACUUCUGUUAUGCGUGUGAUAGGUUCAUUGAACGUAUCAUUAAAAAUCUAAUUUGCCUUUAUAAAUUGCAAGGGAGACCCAUAUCUACCCAAAUUCAUUUUUAUAAAUUGAAGUCUCUUGUCUAAAAGGUAGCCUGAUUUUAGUGUAAUGGAAAAAAUCUAGGUAUGCUUUUAUUUUUUCCAGUGUGACUAUAUGCAUUAUCAAAAAAUUGAAUUGCCUUUAAUUAUUUAUAUUAAAAAAAAAAAAAACACUCACACACACACACCCUGCACCUCCUGCACUAGAGUAUGCUACUCUUAUAGGGUAGGGAUACUAGUUUAGAUAGUGGAUAUGAUAGUGGAACUUAAUAAUGCACUUAGUAGCUUAUUAAGUUUCAUUACCUCUCUCAGGAGGGUCGCAGUAUAGAAACAUAAUUGGAAAAACCCAAAGUAAAUUGAGCAUUGCCAGUUAAUUAGACUCACUAUUUAAAAUAAACAUCAAAUUACAAUACGUGUCCUACAUAGACCCACAGAACACAGUAUGAAGUUUGAUCCACUGCAUAAGAGAUUUUUCAACGCUUUUUUGUGAAUUUUUUUUUUUUUUUUGCUUUUUUCUCCCAGUCAAAGGUUUUUAUUUGUCAGACAUAUCUGAUAUCAAUAUUACAAACAAUUUCAACUUUAUACUUUCCAUCUUCAUCCUCCAAGCAAAAUUUUGAGAAAAGUCUUAGUUUAGCAGAUGUUAUCUUGAGUUACCUGACUUAACCUUUUGUAGAAUACCAAAUUAUAUUUUAAUUCCCUUGAGAAAAUAACAGCGUGACACAGACUAGUUAGGUAAGAUGUAGUGAUUAGAAGGGUGAUUAAAAUGUAGUUUUGUUUGUUUAAUUCCAGACACUGGCACUUUUUUGGCUCAGAUUACGGGGGGGGGGGGGGGGGGGGGGGGGGUUUCUGUUAUCCAAUAUAUUUUUAAUUUAAGCUUUGUGAUAUUUGAUUAAUUUGUAUAAGAUUAAAUAGAGUAUAUUUAACUUCAGAGUUCCAGUGAGGCGUUGCUAUGUUCAAAUGGAGCAGCAUGGCUGAUGGCAAUAAUAUAACCUCCCAGGUUUAGCCUUGUCCCUAGAAUAUUAAAUUUACACAAGUCCAGAUGUACUCUAAAGCUGAUGUCUUUUGCUUUUUUGUGAAUGGUACACCAUUCCCAUUUAUACUCCUUGUUAAUUUUAGUUUAUAGGGUUUUGACAUCCUUGGUUGGGAUUGCAACAGUUCCACCUUAACUUUUUAUUGCAUCUUUUUAUACAAGCUUUCUAUCCCUGUGGGAGGGUAUAUUUUGUCUUUAAAGAUAUUCUUAAUUUAUUCGAAUAAUGUCACUAUAUUUGCCAUUUUCUAGACCAAAAUUUCCUCCAGAAAAACUGGGGGGCUUUUUAUAAUGUUCAGCAAAAUAUCAUUUUGUUCAAGUAUUCUCCCGGCUUAAUAUUCCAUUAGUUUUCUGUGCAUUCAGGUACCUAUUUUGCCUGUUUACAUUUGACUCGCGAAAGGAGAUGCUGUGGCCUCAGAAUGUUGUAUUUUUUAUAUAUUAUUUUAAUAUGUUAAUAUACGCUGUAGUCAUUCCUAUAAGUUCAUAUCCUUCAGUUAAAAUUUACUGAUUAACAAGUUAAUAUUUCACAUUCUUCUAGGGAAAUAUUACCAGCUGGUAUACUGAUUUCAUACUGUAUUCCUCAAAUAACCAAACCAUUCAAACAAAGUAAAUUCUCUUAUGUUGAAGUUUAUUUUCACGAACUGUCACUUUUUUUUUUUUAGCACCCCAGUUAUAUUUUAUAUACUAACAUUUAUUGUUGGACCUUGAGAUAAAUACAUUUUAGACAAAUGUGUUGGAGUAAGUAGCUGCUGCUUAUAUGUAAACUCACACAGCAGAGCCCACACUGACCACUUCUGCUGUUCAUUAGUUUUCCUCACUGUAUAUAAGUUUAGGCAGUAGGAUGUGUUUAACCAUUUUUAAUUAAUCCGCGUCAACUCUGCAGUAUUUUACCCUGUCUGCCGCUAAGAUCAUAAAAUCAUAUAGCAUUGGAGACAAAAUGGAAAUUGGCAAUUUCAUUUCAGACAUUUAUUUUUUAGAGAAGAAUGUCAGCCAUAUCUUUGGCAGGUUCUUUAAUGUUAAUUUUAUCCACUAAUUUCUCAGUACAGUUACGUUUUUGUGUGGGAGUUUUUGUGGGUUAACUUCUUAAAAACACUUUUGAGAGCUACAGUAUGUGCAAAACCUUUUUACAUUUAGUUCUUCUAUAGCACUGUUGUGAGAAAUGGUUAAUGUGCAGUAUGGAAGAAAUUGUAAUGGGAGACCACCACUUCAUUUUUAUAUUCAAAUUGAUUACUAUUUGAACAGUCCCCCACAUCUAUUUCAAGGAGUUCUUCUUUUUACUGGCUAUUUUGUGCAGCUUCAGAUAUGGGUCUAGCAGUGGCAUGAAUAUUAAAAUACAACUUUGGAACCAUAAAUGCAGUUUCUUUUUAUAGCUGAAACAAAAAGCUAUUUUGCACUUCUGACUAGAGAUUCAACUCGGGUCACUUCUACUGUUCUUUUGUACACUUCCUUCAGUUCUCUGUUUCCAGAUAAGAAAUGUUUCUAAUGUUUUGCAUUGACUAUAUUGGGGAUUUAGUUAUUUUUUGUUUUGUUCUUGUCAUUCAAAAAAGCUGUUUAAAAUUUAGAACAAAGAAAAUCUUAAGCCUCAUGCCUGGGAAGCCCUUUGUAAUAGAAUGUAAUUUGUGCGUAUUGACAAACUUUUUUUUUUUCUUGUUUGUCUUAUAAGGUAAUAUAUAUUAAUAAAUAUACUUUGGAUUAAAACAGUACCAAAUUGAUUUUCAACGCUGCUUUUACUGCUUUAAAAGUAUUGGUAGCAUUGACAUAACCCUUCGCUUCAUCUGAGUGUGAACCAAGGGCUGUUGGGGUUUCAGUGGACAAGGCUUGGAAAACUGUACGUCUUUGAACUGGAGUAAAGUUUAUCGAAGAAAGAUGCAUUUUUAUUGCAACAGAAGACCAAAUAACUUUGAAGUCUUUAUACCUUAAAAUUUCAGUGUUCUUUGUGUGAGGGAAAAUGCAGCAGUUGAAUGAACUGAAAUUAUUUGAAGGACUGUCCUGAUUUUGCAUGGAUUUGGAGCAGUUUUAGUAAAUUUGAAGAACUUGUGAUUUUUUGUUCCUGGGAUCAGUGGAUGGAGAGGGAGGGUGAAAUGGUAUACCUUAUUCUUAAUUGUAAAGUUCUAACAAAUUUGUUAUUGCAAAGUAUUUAUCUCUUUACCCCCAUUUUCCGAACACUAAUUGUUCAUGUAAAGAAAACAUUGUUGCACAGUAUAAUGGGUUUUAAAAAUAAAUACUCCUGUGAUUAUUACACACAAA